AAGAAAAAAAAGAAUUUGAGGAUAAAUUGGAACGAUUAGGCGAUCGAAAAGUUCACUCAAUUCAAGAUGAAGCAGUUAUCAAAAAACUUUUUCUUGCUCGGCAUGCUUUCGAGAAGAAAUUUAGAAGGGAUGAAAUAUCCGGAGUUACCAUUGGAAUGGUUGAUGAGAGAGAAGUUAUCAUUGUUAAUUUAAAUUUACCAAAAGGGUCAUCAUUACACUUUGAUUUGCCAUCUGUAUUUGAGGAUUUUCCUGUGAUUAUUGACUACGGGUUGGUCGAACCGUUUCAUCGAAAUUAUCAUGAAAAACUUAUGCAUGGUAUCAGCAUUGGACGUUUAAAAAAUCCACCAAAUGCAUGUACGUUAGGCAUAUUAGCUCAAACACAAACGAUACCUGGUGGUGUUUUUAUUCUUACUACAAAACAUGGGCUUGGGAAGAAAGGCACACCAGUAGUCCAACUGGGAAAAUUAGAUCAUAUCUCUUCUAAGGGUUGUGCCACAGUUACAAAGUAUAGUUCCUUGAGUACUGAUGAAGAUGGACACCUUCUUGAUUACGCUUUUUGCAGAAUUAGCAAUAAUUAUAGAGUGCCCGUAAUUCCAAAUAACAUAUACCAAACUCGAGCAACUGUUUCUACUUUCAAGACAUCUAUAAGCAAUGAUCCAAAUAACGUAAUAGAUGUUAAAAAGGUUGGUAGGAGUACGUUUUAUACCGAAGGGAAAAUGGUUGAUGAAUGGGCAGAGGUUAUAUCUGCAGUUUUCAACCCUCCAAGAAAAAUUUAUGCUUUAUAUGUAUCUGGCAAUAAUGGAACAUUUGGUGCACCAGGAGAUUCGGGUUCUCCAGUUUUUGAUAACAAUAAUCAUUUAGUAGGAAUUCUUCAUGGAGG